AUGAGCUAAAAUGCAAUGGUGAAAGCACUGAAAAUGCUAGUUUAGAAUAACUAGGAAUAACAAGAUAAGUUCACUUUUACUACUUAACAAGUUUAGAAUUAAAAAAGAAGGUGUACAUUUAGACCAGGCAAUUAAGUUACGAAUUAAUUAAAUUAGUUUAAUGUAAUCUUAAAUCAAUAAUUUAGCUAUUGGUAAAAAAGGGAGAAUGGAAUGGAGAGAUAAGUAUUAAAGAUUAUAAAGGUACUUUUAAAGUAGAACAUUGGAUAUAUAUUGAAUAAGAAUUACGUUCACUUACUUAAUUAUAAUUACUUUAAUUUAUUAAUACAUAAUUAGAUAAAGAACAUCUAAAUAUUCUAGGUAGACUCAUUAAUUGGUUAAAUCCAAUUGACUUUACUUUAAUUUUGAAAUAGAAUGAAAUUGAUGAUAUGGAUGUUAAGGAUUUUUUAUAUGAUUUGUUACUAAACAAAAUUAAUUUUUAAUAAGUAAAUUAUUAACAUAUAUUAUCAGAUUUUUAUUAAGAGUAAUCCUGGUAUUUAUAAAGGUAGUUUCAUAGUUUAAUUAGAAUAAUUCCUUAAAAUAGAAUUUGAAACUAAGAAAAGAAAUUAUUUCUAUAAAAUAAUUAAAAAUACUAAAACAUUCUCUUUGGGAUUGAUUAAAAUAUUUUAUAAUGAAUUAGAUUAACCAUCAUAUAAAGAAAAAAUAGAAAAUGCUGAAUUAGAAAUUGAUUAAACAUGCUUUUAUGAUUUGAAAGUAGCAGGAUGUUUCACUAAUAAUAAUUAUAAAGCAUUUUAUAAUUUAAUAUAAUUAUUAUACCAUGAAGAUCAUUUAGAAUAAUUAGUUGGAUUAAAUGUAAAUGAUAAUUAUUUAGGAGAAUUAGGAGAAUUUUCAAAAGCAUGUUAAUUAUUCUCUACUUCUAAAGGUCUACUUUAAUUGGAAAUGAGUAUAAUUUAUUAUCAUAUUAAGGUAACUAACCAUUAUUGCAUAAUUCAGUAUCUGUAGAGAGUCUAUGUGGUAAUCGUUAUGAUUAAUUAAGAUUAUCUAUGUUGAAUAUUGCAAACAAUGAUAAAAUGACUCCAAAGGUAUUUGAAUUAAUAAGUUACAAUAUUUUAAAUGAUUUAAAAGUAAUUAAUUUAGACAAUUCAUUACCAGCUGAUUUACCUACUUUAUUGAAGAUCUUUUAUUUUAUUGAAUCUUAUGAUAAAUAGAUAACCCAUUUAAAUUAAUUAACAUAAUAAACUAAAACUUUAUAAAAACUUAACCUAGAAGAAUUAGAUUUAUCAACUGUUGAAAAUUAUAAUAGACAUGAUUUAAUGUAUAAACUUAUUAAAAACACUUGUUUUAAUAUUCAUUCUAAUCUAAAAAAAUUAACAAUAUCAAAUUGUGAUGCAGGAAGAAUGGAAGCUUACUAUAAAGCAUAUGAUGAUUUUGUUAAGGAAAUAAAAGCUAAUUCUAAUAAUUUUUGUUAUUAAAAUUACAGAAUUCCAUUAGUAGAAAUAAUAAUUCCAGAAUAAAGGUAUUCAAUGGAAACUCCAAUUAAUUUAUAAUUUUUAUUAUCACUUGUAUUUACAACUUCAGAAGAUUAUUUGUAAAUAUAAAGUGUAACUUUUAUUGAGGCUUUCAAUGUAAGUUAAAGAAAUGAAGCCUUUAAUUAGGCUCUUAAAAUAAUAUCAAGUUAAGAUGAAAAUGUAAGAUAUACAUUAAAAUAAUUCUAUGGUAUAAGAAUGAGAUUUUAUUUUGAAUAGACUCAUUUCAAUCAAUUAGUAUUCAACCAUAAUUUAUCUCUUGAAAAAUAUUAUUUAGAAGAUACUUCAUUUAGUACUGAUUCUGAUUAAUUUGAAGAAAGUUUAACUACUUAUAUUAAUGAUCUUUAAUUAAAUAAUCAAUUUUUUGGCUUAAAAUCAUUUACAUUAAAAAAUGCUUAUGGAGCAUCAAUAGAAUUAUAUUCAUUAAUUUAAUAUCUGAUUUUUCACAAAUGUACUUUCUUAGAAGAAUUAUGUUUGAUUGGAAUAACUAUAACCUUAAAAGAAAAAAACAAAGAAAUAUUAUAAGACAUAAUGAAAAAUGAAUAACAUUCAAUUAAAUCAUUAAAAAUAUUAGAAAUUGGAAAUUUGUAUGGAGAAUAAGUUUAUGAAAAUAUAUUUCAAUUAAUUAUUUUGAAUACUUAUAUUAGAUUGAAUAAACUUACAUUAAUAGAGAUUCCUAUAGCAAAUUUUUUAGAAUCAAUAAUAAUAAAAAAUAUUAAUAUUGAUGAUCCUGAUCAUUAAUUAUCUUAAUUAAAUUAUUUAUCUAUAGAAUCAAUAGAAUUACCAAAUGCUAAUUAAUGGCAAUUAUUUGUUUAAACAUUUUUAUUUAAUAUGAAUUCAUAAUUGGCAACAUUGAAAUUAAAAACAAUAAAAUUUUGUGAGAAUAUGUAAAAAGCAAUAUAAAAAGUAUUUGAAAACUUAGUUAAGAAAAUUGAAGAAUAAAAUUAAACAAUUAAACCAAGAUUAAAUUCAUUAACAUUAUAAAAUUGUGAAAUUUAAACUGAAUUUUUAAUAAUGUUUGCAUUAAAUCCAUUUUGUAAAAUAAAAGAACUUUCAUUAAAUGAUUGUCAUGGUUUUGAUAAAUAUUUAAUGUCAUCAAAAUAAAUUAUUUAAGAAAAUGAUUUAAAAUCAACAUUAACUUUGAGUCUAAAUUCAUUUGAAGCAAUUAAUACAGAUUUAGAUGAAGCUUUUGAAUGGUUUUUUGAAGAUAUUGUUUUUAAUGAAGCAAAAUAAUAAUUAACUAAACUUGUAUUAAGAAAUUGUAAAUGUCAAAAAAAACAUAUAUAAUCUUUAUGUAAAAUAAUAACAAAUUUAAAAAAUAAAGAGAAAAGUAAUAAUCUAAAAAGAUAUUUUAAAUUGAGAGAUAUUGAUCUUAGUUUAAAUCCUGAUAUUUCUACAAAAUAAUGGAAUUAUUUAUUUACAAAUCUGUUGGAUGUUAAUAAGAAUAAUCUAAUGUAAUCAUAAAUUAAAGAAUAGAAAGAAGGUGAAAAUAAUAAUGAAGGAACAUAAGAAGUAGAAAAUAAAUUGUAAGAAAUAAAAACAACUAUUAAAAAUUCAAAUUUAAAUUUAUCAGAAAAGAUUUUAUUUCAUUAUAAUAAAUUCCAAUUUUAACCUCCAUAAUAAUUAAGAUAUUUGGAAUUAGAUUUGAAUUUGACUUAUUCUCCAGAAGAAUAAACUCAAUAAAUAUAUAGAGCAUUAGUGUGUGGUAUAAUUUGUCAUCCAUAAAAUAAAUUAGCUAAAUUAAAAUUAUCUAAUUUCAAUAUUGAUAUGUUUAUGAAAAAUGUAGAAGAAUUCUAAAAAUAUGGACAAUAAUUAUCAAGAUAAAUAAAUGUGAAUGAAACAUUUAAUUAUGAAUUAGAAGAAAUUAUAAUGGAAGGUAUUAUAGAUGAUAAUGAAGAAAUAACAAAAUUAUUUGUAAGUUAUUUUAUUUGUUCUAAAUAUAUAAAUUUGAAGAAGUUAAAUUUAUCUGGUUUUAAUAAUGGAAUAAUUAAAGAAAUAAUUUAAUAAUCUUAAUAAAAAGAUAAAUAUUAUAUUAAUGAAUUAAAAUUGAUAGGAAUUUAAGAAACAUUAAAUAGAGAUAAUAGUUUAAAGUUUUUUAAAUAUUUUAUAUUUGGAGAAUUAUUUCCAAUUGAAUCUCUUGAAAUUGGAGAAUUUUUAACUUUUGAGGGUAAAAUAACAACUAAUGAUUGGUAUGGAUAAAAUAAAUAUGAAAAAGAUAUAUUAUUAAAGAAAUUAAAUAUUCAUUCAGGAGGAUAUGAUAUUGAUAAAAUAGAAACUAUCAGUAUUCUUAUAAAUGAAAUAUUAUAGAAUCCAAAAACCCAAUUAGAUGAAUUAACAAUUUCUGGUGAUGAAUAGGAAUGUAGAUGUUUUGAUGAAUUCUAUGCAAAAGGAUUAAAAGAGAUCAAAUAAUUGCAUAUAAAAAAAUUAGUAAUAUAAAAUACUAUGUUAAUUGAAGAAAACUUUUUAUCUUUAUUAAAUAAAUCUAGAAAUUUCUUAGUAAACUUAUAAUUAUAAGGUAUUUCAUCAUAUGCUGAAACAGAAAAUAUAUUAAAUGAAUAAAUAAAUUCAUAAUUAAAUAAAGAUUGUAGUUUAUAAGUAAAAUCUUUAACUGGAGAAGAUAUUUAAGUUUUAUAAGAGAAAUUUUGUUAUAAUAAAAACUUUAAUUUUACACGUCUAACAUAUUGUCAUUUAAAUUCAUUCAAUGAAUAAUUAAAUGUAGGAAAUGGAUUUGAAAAAUUGAAAUAUUUAUAAUUUAGUUUUGAUCUUUAUUAUAAUAAUCUGGAAUAACUUAGUGAGGAAUCAUUAAGGAUUAUUGGUGAAAAGUUUAUUUAUAAUGAAUAAAGUUAACUUGAGGAAUUAACUUUUCAUCAAUGUCAUUUAAAACCACCUGGAAUUCAAGCAUUAACUGAAAGUGCAUCUUAAUUUAGAAGUGAUAUUGAAAAAAGAAAUAAAUAAAGCUCUACUUAAUUAAAAUUAAAAAGAUUUAAUAUAUAUUAUAGUUUAUAUAUAGGAUAAGAAGGUGCUGAAUUAAUAAAUAAAGAGAUAUUAUUUUUUGAAUAUAUUUCUAUUGAAAGAAUAGAAUUAGAAGUUACUAAUUGGAGUAGUGAGAUGUAAAUAGAUUUAUGUAAAUAAGCAAUAAAUUGGUUAAAAUUCUAAAAAUAAUUUAAAAGAACUUAUAUUAAUUAUUUACCAUUAAAAUAUUUUGAUAUUGGAAGAAAUGAAUUUGUAUAAACAGAAGAAGCAUGGAAUUUAACUUGUUCAACAAUAUUAUUUAGUAAUCUAACACCAUUUUUAGAAGAUGUCUUUUUACAUUUUAUGGCUCUUACAGAUGCAUCAACUGAAAUUAUUACAAAAAAUGCAAGAACAUAUUUUGCAUCUAAACCUAAUAGAUAUGUAUAUUAAGUAAAAAGAUUAAGUUUUUCUCAUAAUGGUUCAUUAACACAUAAAGGAUGGCUUGAUGUAGCCUAAAAUUUAUUCUUUCAUCCAAAAGUGGAAUUAUUAGAAUUAAAUAUAUCAGAUACUAAUUUAGAUAACGAUCUAAAACUAUAGAAUAUAAUUAAUUCUGCCAUCCAAAAAGCAAAAAAUUCAUCAAACAAAAAAUUAUCUAUACAUACCUUAUUAACUCAUAAUACUGUAGUAAAAUAGAAAUUACAAUCAUAUCUCUCUGAAUAACCUGAAGGUUAUGGUCCUCCUCCUGAUUAACCAAUCGUUAUAGAUUAUGAAAUGAGUGAUGUAGGUCGAUUCGCAGGAACUCCUGAAGAGUUUGGUUAUUUCAAUUAAUUAUAAAAUAAUAUCAUGUAUACUUAAAAAAACUUUAUUACAGCAAAUUGGACUGAAUAGGCUUUAAUUAAAGUCUCAUAAUAUCAUUUAAGUUUAGCUACUCACUAUUUAUCAAUUCUUAAUGAACAUUUCAUAUAAUCUAGAUUUUAAUCAGCAAGCAUUUAUUUUAAUUUGAAUACUCUAGACUAAUUUUGUAAUUACUUUAAAUAUACUACAAAAGAACCUGGAUGUCCUUAUCCAUUUACUUUAUUAUUUUAAAAUGACACCUUUUUAACUUUUAAAUAAUCAAAUAGUAUUAUUUAAAAGAUAGUAAUUAUAAAUGCUUAAGCAUAAGGAUUAGAGAAAGUAACACAUUAAUUUAUUUUAUAUAUUUGGGAGAAUAUCAAAUCUAAUUAAUCUUCAAUUGAUCAAAUAAUUAUGGAUUAUUAUUUAGAUGAUGAUUUAAUUGAUUAAUUAUUUAGAUUAGGUUAUACAGAAGCUGAUAUUGUAUAAUUAAUUAGAUUGAUUCCACCUUCUAAAAUUAGAAUUUAAAAUACUUUAACUUUAUAAGCAAUCAAAGCAAUUUAUUCUAUUUUUUAUGAUACUACUCAUUUUGAAUAUUCAUCUAUAUAAUAUGAUUUUGAUAACUUUUUAAAUAUUGGUAUUGGUUAUGCUUUAAGAGAAUUAGCUUACAAUAUGAAACCUAUUGGUUGUAGAAAGAUUUUUAAGAAAUUCUUAUAUAAAAUUUGUGAUGCUUUUGUAUAAUAAACAAAACAGUAUAAAUUUAAUAAUGAAGUUGCUAAUUUAAACAAAUUUUUAUCUACUAAAUAAAUUUACUUUUUCUUCCUUGUUAUAAAUAACAUAUUAUUUUUAGCAAUAUGUUUAAUUGCCCCAUAUGGUUUUAGUCAUUAUUAUUAAGGUGAUUCUACUGCAUCUGCAAGACAUGAUUAUUGUAUUAAUCAACCUAAUUAAGUGGCAUUUUAUUUAUAUUAUUCAUUUGCUGGAAUUUCUAUGAUUUUAGAAGCAUAUAUAUAUAAAAACAUAAUUUAACAUGUUCCAUCUUUUUUUGAAAAAUUAGCCAUUUAAAUUUAUCCUAAUGAAGAUAGUUAAAUAUAAUAACAAAAAGAAAAUGAUGAAAAAUAAAAAAGUGUAUAUUAAAAAUAAGGAUCAGUUUUGAAAAGUGCAUAAACAUAAUUUGAUAAAUUUAAUAAUUCAAGUUAAGCUUUUUGGAUUAGUUUUACAAAAAAUAUUGUUACAAGUUAGCUUGCAAAAUAUGAUUAAUUCAAUGAUAUUUGCUUUAUCUUAACUUGCUAUUAUUGUGAUGAAUAUAUACUAUUUUAUCUUGUUUUAGCUUUAUAAAUCUUUAAUUAAGGUUUGAAUGUGAUUGGUUUUUUCAUUCAAAUAUUUAGAACUAUCUUUAAUAGAAAUAUUUAAAUAAAAUAAUUGUCAACUUAAUAUAUAAAUGAUUUCUAUCGUAUUAGUUUAGCAGGCAAAAAUUAAGCUAUUGCUUUAAUUUUAGAUUAGGUUGCUCCAUUUAAUGUUGAUAUAAUUCCAAAUAAUUUUAUUAUGAGAUUUUUAAUGCCUAAUUAAGCAGGAAAAGCUAUUAAUUCUUCAAUAAAAGGAUAUUUAAUUUAAUUUCUUUUUGAAGAUUUACCAUAAAUUAUUAUUCUAAUUAUAUUUCUAAUAAAAUAAGCUAUUAAAAAUGGUGAUCUAAAAUGGAAUAUUAUAAUAACUUUACUGACAUCAUCAUUAGCUGUGAUUACAUCAUUUUAUAAGUAAUAUUAUAUUUUAUUUAUUAGAUUUAUGUCAAUCAGACCAACUUAUUUAUAAUAAGAACAUUUUGAUGAAUUAUCAGACAAAAAAAUCUUAUCUAAAGAAGAUUAAGCCUUAAAAGACUUAAAUUAAGAAUAAAAUCAAAUUGAAACAUAUAUAAAUUUGCUUAAAAAGACAGAAACAGCAUUAAAUGUAAAUGAAUCUGCAUUGUUACUUUGA